AAAGUUCUUCCAUAACUAAUCUGAACCUGGGAUCCCUUUGCUCUGCUCUCAGGAGCUCUCACAACCUCUUUCCCCGUGAAGAAGUGUAAGGAUGAUGGAGCAGGGCCGUGGCCGCAUGGAAGAUUUCCCUCUCAACGUGUUUUCGGUCACUCCUUACACACCCAGUACUGCUGACAUCCAGGUGUCGGAUGACGACAAGGCGGGGGCCACCUUGCUCUUCUCAGGCAUCUUCCUGGGACUGGUGGGGAUCACAUUCACCAUCAUGGGCUGGAUCAAACACCAAGGAGUCUCCCACUUUGAAUGGACCCAGCUCCUUGGGCCCAUCCUGCUGUCAGUGGGGGUGACAUUCAUCCUGAUUGCCGUCUGCAAGUUCAAAAUGUUCUCUUGCCAAUUGUGUAAAGAAAGUGAAGAGAGGAUCCCGGACUCAGAGCAGUUGGCAGGAGGACAAUCGUUUGUUUUCACUGGUAUCAACCAACCCAUCACCUUCCAUGGGGCCACCGUGGUGCAGUAUAUCCCUCCUCCUUAUGGCUCUCAAGAGCCCAUGGGGAUGAACACCACCUACCUGCAGCCAGUGGUGAACCCGUGUGGCCUCAUACCAUCUGGAGGGAUGGUGGCCACCAUGCCGAGCCCUCCUCAGUACUACACCAUCUACCCUCCAGAGAAUGCUGCCUUUGUUGAUGACCAGGACUACCCUUCCUUCGUGGGUGGUGGAAAUGACAGGACCAGCCCUGAUGCUGAGCAGCUAGAAGAGACACAGCUGGGAGAUGAGGACUCUGCCUGCUUCCCUCCUCCCCCUUAUGAGGAAAUAUGCUCCCUCCCUCGCUAGAGACUAUGCGGCUGAGGGCACAGAGUUUUAGUUUUUUGCUGACAACUGAAGUGUUCUAUGCUGUGACCUUCAGAAGUUAGACAACAGAGCAGCCCAGGAAGCCUGACAGAUACCAUUCGAGGCGGGGAAGGGGGAAGUGGGAGGUAGACUCUCUCUGACUGUUAAAAAUUAGUCUAGGGUGGGGAUAUGCCCUUCCGGUCAAGCUAGAAAUCCCCUGGAUAUGGUUCAGGAUCAGGAAUUUCACCUGUUUAUUCACCACCCACCCCUUUCCCACUGGAACGCACUGGUGUCUUAAUUUGAGCUCCAGUAGCCAAGGGAAAAAUCACUACUGCUGUGACUUUGGGAGUUUCCACAGUAGUGAGAAUGGGGGUAGGGGAAGGAAGCAGGGAAUAGAAAACGGGCUCAAAUGGAGAUUUCCCAGUUCCUGUUCUCAGCUGGGGAUUUUCAUAUGUAUAAGAACUUGGUUGCCAUCUGGUGUCCCUUGAGGACUCUGGCAUCUUAAAGGCUGCAAAAAUAAAUGAAUUAAAUGGAAUAAAAUAAUGUCUUCUGUUAGAACAGUAUUAGAUAGCUGGCUAAUAAAAUAGACAACUGUUGGGAACAUACUGUAUAGCACAGGGAACCCUACCUAAUGCACUGUGGUAACCUAAAUGGGAGGGAAGUCCAAAAGCGAGGGGAUAUCUGUAUGUGUGUGGCUGAUUCAUUUUGUUGUGCAGUGGAGGCUAACACAACAUUGUAAAGCAACCAUACUCCAAUAAAAAUUAAUUAAAAAAAAAAUAGGAUGAUGAUGUCAAUAAAUCCUUAGGUUACCACGGAGAGACACAUCACAGCGGCUCUCAGCUGCCGAUGUUCUCUCUUGCAAGACUGAAGCUUGAGGUGCCCACCCCAGCAUGGGAUUUGUGCUGGACCCAGCGGCCAACAGAACACGAGCACCUCCCUACACAUAGAUGAGAUCUGUUAAAUUAGACAAAAUAGAGCUGCUGUGUCAACACCUGGAAAAUUAUGUCAUGGAAACAAUCUUUAUGGUCAAGAUAAGCUCACCUGCUUUAUAAAAAAACUUUGGUGCCCUUAAUCUCCCAGAAUCUGGACUGUGUAAUAAACAACCAGAACAGAUUCACAGGCUUUAGAAGAGACAGAUAAAACCAUCAGAGUUUAAAAGAAAGUAUUUUCCAUAGGCUACAAAGGUAGGCCACUCAAGGUAAGGGUGGGUGGCUCAUCCCAAAGGAAGACCAGGAUUUAGCAAUCCUUUAGAGUUUUGGUACUGUGUUUGUAU